AUGAAUCUUUUGCAUACACCUCCGUUACAGAGGCGGAAUAAAGUCGUGAUUGACGAAGAUGAUGAGCAACAUUUACCAUCAUCAGCAUCGGAAGAAGAAUAUGAAGAAAGUGAAGAAGAAGAAAUGACAGAUUUCCAACAUGUUCAUGCUCCAACAAAACCAAAACGACCAACCAAUAGCCGAAGUAAAGGCACUACUCAUUCCGAUGAAUCAGAUAGUGAUAGAGAUGAUGAUGAUGACGAUUCUAGUUCUUCAUCAUCAUCGAGUGAUGAUGACGAUUCCGAUUGGAGUGUAGAAGAACGAGAUGGAGAAGAUGUUGUGAUUAGAAAGUACAAGCACAUAGGUGAAGAUCAAAAUCCAACAACACCAGUUACAUUUCAAGAAAAGAAACAAGAUUUUCCCAUCAAAAUUAAAGAUGAUAAAUGCUCCAUCGGAGUAUCAGGUUAUUGCAUGAUUCAUGCAACUCAUUGUUUAGAAAGUGGAGCAUAUUACUACGAAGUGAAAAUUGAAAACAAUAUGGAAAAUAAUUCUGUGCCUGACUAUGCAAGAAAACCUCAUUAUCGAGUAGGAUGGUGUUUGAAAGGAGCGUUUGACAAAGGUCCAUGUGGAUUUGAUAAAUUAUCGUAUGGGUAUGGUAGCAAAGAUGGGAAGGUAUAUUAUAAAUCGAAAGGAAUUCCAUACGGAGAACCUUUUGGGGAAGCUGGAGAUGUCAUUGGUUGCUACAUUGAAAUUCCCAAAGUUGAAACUCCACCUAUUAAGUAUAUUGAGUCUGCAUUUUUUGGUGAUGACGGCCAACAGUACAAACAAUUCACUGCAACUUUGGAUGAAAAGCCAGUUAUUGGAAGCAAAAUAGUUUUCUUUAAAAAUGGAAAAUACCAAGGAAUAGCAUUUUCGGAUAUUAUGUUUGGAGCAUAUUUUCCAGCAAUUUCACUCUACAUGAAUGCCUGUGUCACAGUUAGAUUUGAGGCACAUCAAUUUCAGUACAAUCCUCAUGACUGUAAUCCUGAAGUUGUGAACAAAAAUUGGAAAGCUAUUGGAGAGUUACGAAAACGUACCAAGAUUCCACAAAAACCACCAAGCACACCCUCCAAAGAGGUGACUGGCACAGGUGGCGAGUUUAAGGCUCCAAAACCACGUCAUAGAGAAGCUAUAAAGAGCACCACAGGAAGCAUGGUAGAGGCAGCAAGAAAAUUACACUCCUCCCCAAGCAAUCCAAGACAUUCAAAAAUUGCAUCUGCCUCUACACAAUCAACUCCGCUCCACAAUGAAGUAUCUAAAAAACACAAAAAGAACAAGAAAGAGUCAAGUUCGGUUCAUCCCAAACAACCAAAACAAGCAGUCACUACGAAUCACCAAGGUGAAGCAAAAAAAUCAUCUUCCUCUAAACACAACAAGAGAGCAGAAACAAAAGAUGUGACUAAUACUACUGCCAUGCCACCAACCACCCUCAGUGCGAGUCAUACCCAAAUGAACAAUCGUCCUGAAGCUGUUUCUUCCAUGCAGAGCAGUACACCAACGAGGGCAAAUAUUGAUCCAAUAAGUUCCAAAAACGAUAUUGCUUUAAAUAGUGCUAGGGUUGACAAUAGUGCGGCGAUAACCAUUCCACAAAAUACUGAAAAGAAAAAAACAAAGAAGAGUCAUCAAAGCUCAAGUGAACCUUCAAAGAUGGAAAAAUCACACACAACAGAACAUAAUCCACAAGACAAAUCUGCAAUAUUGAAGGAGCCAGAAAACGUUCCUUCAACCACCUUAGAAGAGAGGUCAAUGACACAACAAGAUGACUCUGUCAUGACAGACAAUGGAAUCAACAACUCUAUGAAUCAGGUACCAACAACGGUCACUCUACAAGAAGAGUUUGCUCAACUAGGAAUUGCCAUCUCAAAUAUGAAGGAGCCUCCUAUUGUGGACUCAAAACCAGUUGAGCACCACAAGAAGGGAACUCCAAAACCUGAAGCAGAGACAUCACCACGAAAUUCUUCAUUUUUGCCUCAAACUCCUCCAGCAUCAGCAGCAAACACAUCAUUAUCUGUGACAGCAGCGUCUUCCAUGACUCCUAACGAACAACACCAUGUCAUUCCCUCAAGCACUCCCGCCUCGUCCUCAUCGGCUUCCACUCCAUCAACAAUGCCAGCAGCUACCAUAACAACAUCGUCACAUCCACCAGUGGUUCCUCUUGUUUCUGCUGCUACCUCCUCCACUUACAUUACAAACAUGUCAGACAAACCUUUGGCUCAAUCCACAGCAACACCAACUAAGGAACGAAAAUCCAAAACAGCCAAAGCUGAAAGCUCUCUCAUGAUGAUGGCCAGAAAAACACAGGUGGAUCAUAACCCCAAGAAGGGAAUUGGCUUAUUGAAAAACAAAAAGGAUGAAACUGUUCAAAACAAAACACCUCUUAAAAGGAAGAAUUCGCUUUCGAAAGAGGAAGAGCACGUUGCUGUUCAUCAUCACACCACUAAGCUCGUAGAUCCACCUAAACCCACCCCAAAGAAAAAACCUGAAGACUCAUCGAAACCAUCGCUAUCUGUGACAGCAGCGUCGUCCUCAGGUGAUGUCAACACCAAGACCCUCGAGGAUGGCUCCAAUAUUACAUUAGAAGCUCCUGAACAACAUUUAACAGUUAGUGGUACUGUUGAUGAUUUUUCUCCAUCGAAUAAGAAGAGAAAAACAAGCAAAGAAAUUCCUUAUGAACCUCCUUUCGAAAACCAACCGGUUCGUGCUUCAGAGAUGGCUUCAAUACAACGAACUAACACUGAUACUAGCAGUAGUUUUGCUUCCAAGACAUCACACCAACAAGCUCAGCAACAAUCACACCACAUGACACCUCAGUUGCAACAAUUGGAACCACAAUUAAGCGAGAGAAUUUUGGAUAUGGAUCAAGCUACUACGCCUAACGUAAGGCAACAAGCACCUCACUCACAACAACAACAGCAGACAAUUCGGCAAGAAUCGCAGCAUGUUGAACAAUUUAUGCCCAAUAUGCUACUUAAACAAAAUCAAACUACGACAACAUUCGACACGAAUCUGCAAUCGCAAGAAUCCAUUAGAUCUAGGAGUAACAGCUUCCAAAGUCUGUUGCUAAAUGUGCAUCCUCAACAAUCAUAUUCUCAACAAGUCAAUCAACCCACAAGCAUGUCAAACUAUCAAAUUACUGGUACAUUAUCUCAACAGCAAAAGUUUGCUUCAAUGCAAGAAACGAGCAUGCUAAAUGCAUUCCAUAAUUUGUCUGAGCAACAACCAGUCACAAAUACCAACGUUUCAUCAUCCAGAACAGAACAAUAUACUGCUCCAGUGUCAUUCCGUGAGCUAUUGCUAAGCCCUCCAACUGCUACUCCUUCUUACUCACAACCACUUCAGUCAUCUUUGUCAACAAAUAUUCAUGCAAAUCAAAUCGAAUCAUCAACGAUGCAGAGUAAUUUAAUGAAUAAUCCAGCUCAAUUCAACCAGUUAUUGACAGCUCAGUCGCAUCAUCAACAAACUCAACAUUCACAACAACGCAGUUCGCAGUUUCUGUCAGGACAUGAUCAGACAGAGCAAUUUUCUGAGCGUUCUCUGGGCAACGCAGAUACAUUUGUGGAUUCCUUUAGCAAGUACAUGGCUCCUCGGAAGCUUAGUGAUCCUCCACAGCCAGCAACUCCUCUCUCUGCCCAGUCACAACAAAUGAAGCAAACAUUUAAUCCAACCCAAUUCAUUCAACAACGAAAUGUUUCCAAUGCUUCUAUGCAGCACAAUCCCAGCAGUGUUGUGACGUCUGGUAACUAUCAAAUGGUGUCACAACAGCAACAAAUUCAUCAGCCAACAUCCAACACUUACUCUCAGCAACAAUUUAUCCAAACACCACAGAGCAACCUCCCACAACAACGCAACACCAAUGUUGCAAGUAAUAUGCAUCAACCAUAUCCUCAACAACAACAACAGCUACAUCAAACACAAAUGCGUGCACAACAGUACAAUAAUUUUGGAGCCUCAAUCAUGGCAGAAAGACAAUUACCUUCAAUGUCUGACUCUUUUACAAACGCAUCUGCUAACAGAAGCUCUUUACUUGCUUCCAUGUCUCAACAACAGCCAUCGUCUCAACAAUUUAUGAAACAACAAGCGUCACAGCUGUCACAACAUCAACAGCAAUUCCAUCAACAGAUCAACAUGAGCAGUCCAACAACACUGCAACACGUUCAAAAUUAUCCAUCUCAACAUCAACAGCACUAUUCAUCCGGUAUGUCUCACCAACAAAUGUCAUCCAACAAUUCUUCCUCUUUCUUAAAGAAUCAAGCCACCAAUUCACAGCAGCAACUCUUUUCACAACAGCAACCACCCUCACAACCACAACACUCCCAAUAUUUAUCCAAUGCCAAUAAUUACCGAGGCGCCUUCCAAUAA